GGCGGAGAUCGAAAGUGGUCUUAUUCGCAGCAUCGCGUUGCCCACUCGUCGACCACGGCCGCCGAGGAAUAAAUUUCUCCUUCUAAAGUCCUCCUCACACGAUUGUCCACAGUGCAAACGAACGAUAAUCGUGCACGAAAUGGAUGAACUAUCCAGAUAUUACCAGCACCUAUACCGUACCUAACCUGCUACCACCGUGGCCGUGUGGUUCAAAUCGUGCAAAUAUGAAUUCUUGGACGGGUACUGCUAGAAGUAUAGUUUUGUUCCUGACGUUGUCCAUGUGCCUUUUCGCUGUUCGGAGUCAAACAGCCGUCCCUAGAACUGGCCAUAAGAUAAACGAACCACAAGGUGGUGAUUUAGUGAGGCAGAAUAGCAUUACGCAGCAAAUACUGGCGCAGUACCUGCAAAAGCGUCUGAACAGGGCGGGCGGGAGUGUGCAUCAAAUCGGUCAACCACAGUUGUUAUUGCCGACCGGUGGAAACGAUUUGACGGGAAGUGUCGUCGGUAUAAAUAAUAACGGUAUUCAGAGAAAUGUCGCCGAAAAUCUUUACGACGGACGGGACGUCGACGAUGACGAGUCCAUCGAAGAUGCGCGAUAUUAUCAAGGUGAAUGCAACAACAAUAAUUGUGUUGAAGAUAGCGCUUCCGUUAUAAAUAAGUGGUCACUGCCACUUUUACGUUCGGGAGACAAAAAGUUAUACUUGGGAAUAUUUUUCAAGGCUAAUUGGUACAAAUCCGCUCAAUACUGUAGAUAUCAUGGAAUGCAUUUGGCUAGCAUUAGUAGCCAAGAAGAAAAUGACAAAUUGGAAAAAUACAUUAAAGAUAAUGGCUUAGGUCAUGAACACUUUUGGACCUCUGGUACAGAUCAAGCAGAAGAAGGAUCAUUCUUUUGGUUAGCCAAUGGCCGGCCGAUUGGGUUUACUAACUGGAAUGCCGGGGAACCAAACAAUUUCAAAUAUGAGAAUGGCGAAGAAGAACAUUGCUUAGAGUUAUGGAAUCGAGAUGGUAAAGGUCUAAAAUGGAACGAUUCGCCAUGCUCGUUUGAAACCUUCUUUGUAUGUGAAAUGUGAAGAACUAAGAAUAAAUUAGAAAUAAUUGAAUUAAUUGUACUAUAAAAAUAUUGAGCAUUACUAUAAUUUAUAUCUUUAUCACAUUAGAUUUAAUUUGUAAAUAAUUGUAUUAGACAAAUCUCUCAAUUUAGAUUUAAUUAUUUAAAUAAAAAAAAGUUUCUAAACUGA